AUGGAGGCGGCGGCGGCGACGGCGACGGCGACGAUGGUGUUCGUGUACGGCACCCUGAAGCGCGGGUUCCCGAACCACCCCCGCCUGGCCGCCUCCGGCAGCCCCUUCGCCGGCGCGGCCUGCACCACCACGCCAGUCUCGCUCGUCAUCGGCCCCUACUCCGUCCCCUUCCUCGUCCCCGCCCCCACGCCAUCCGCCGGCCGCCUCGUCUCCGGCGAGCUCUUCUCCGCGUCCCCCAGCGCCCUCGCCGACCUCGACAUGCUCGAGGGCACGCACCUCGGCGUCUACGAGCGCCGGCGGAUCGCCGUCGUGGUCGACGGGACGGGCAGGGAGGUGGAGGCGGAGGCCUACUUCGCGAACGCGAGCUACGCGGAGGAUCUGUGGCGGCGCUGCGGCGGCGAGGCGGCCGAGGUCGGGGAGUACACCGUGGAGCACGCGGGCAGCUACGUCCCGCCCAGUGGCCGCUCUCCCGGCGUCUCCGGGCUCAUGGAUGCCGUCCGUAGCUUCAUCGCCGCCACUCCGCCGGAGAGUUGAAUUGAUGCCGUCCGUCUGUCCUUUCUGGGGUGAAUUGGAUCUACCUGGUGCCUGUUGUUGGAAUUGUUCUCUGAAUGAAUUGAUAAAUAAUGUGGCAUGGCAUGUUGCAGAUAUUGGACUAUGAAUGAAUUGAAAAAUAAUGUGGCAUCACAUCUUGUAAAUAUUGGACAAAUUUAUACGGAGUAGUAUUCACCAA